AUGUCAAGAGUAAUAGUAAGAUUCUAUUUGAAUGGAAAAUGUAUUUCAACUAUACCAAUGAAUUCACAAGACAAUUUGAAAACAGUUAGAGAAAAAUUAAAAGAAAAGAUAUCUGAUUCUCAACAAUUUCUAUCAAAAGAUGGAGAAUUAAUUGAUAUAAAUGAUGAAGAUUCAUUUACUAUAGGAGAUAUAAUUGAUUCAUCAAGAAUAAUAAAUAUCAAAGAAACAGCAGAUAAAAAAAGAAUAAAAAUAAAAUUAAAUGAUGAAAUAAUUAGCACUGUUCAAGUAGAUACUAAAACAAAGAUAAGUGAUAUCAGAAAAUCAAAUCAAAAUAUUCCAGAAACUGCACAUUUCUAUACACUUGAUGAUGAAAUAAUUGCAAAAGAAAAUGAAGAACAAUUUUUAGUAGAAGAUAUAUUAAGUAAUGAUGAAAUUAAUCUUAAAAAAGAGAAAGAAAAUACAGUAGAAAUGGAUAUUGUAACUGCUGGAAUAUAUUUAAAUGGAAAACCUUCAGGGGAAAGACAAUUAAAUAAGAAUUCUUCUCUUUCAGAUAUAAGAAAAGAAAUUGAAAAUGAAGCAGAUGUUCCAAAAGAAUUUGUAUUUGAAGAUCAAAAAGGAAGUAAAAUAGAAAAAGAUAAAGAACAAACAUUAAAAUUAACAUCUAUUCUUUAUGAUAAUAAGAUCAAUAUAACAGAAAAAGUAGUAUCUGAUGUAUCUCCAAAACCACGUAAUAGUACUUCUUUAAAUACUCCCACAGCACCUGUUGGUUCACCAAAUAAUAAUGCAAAACCUUGCAGAAAAUCAAAUCAAAAUAUUUCAGAAAAUGCACAUUUCUACCCACAUGACAAAGACAUGAUUGAAAAGGGUAGUGAAGAAACGACAUCUGGAGAAGAUAAAAUAAAUGUUCUUAAAAAUGAGAAAGAAAAUACAUCAAAAAUGGAUCUUGUAACUGUUGAAAUAUGUUUGAAUAAAAAACAUUUAGUGGAAAGACAACUAAAUAAGAAUUCUUCUCUUUCAGAUAUAAGAAAGAAACUUGAAACAGGAAAAAAUGUACCAAAAGGUUUUAUAUUUGAGGAUCAAAAAGGAAGUAAAAUAGAAAAAGAUAAAGAACAAACAUUAAAAUUAACAUCUAUUCUGUAUGAUAACAAGAUCAAUAUAACAGAAAAAGUAGUACUUCAUAGUUCUCCAAGUAACACUAUAGUAUCUGGUGUAUCUCCAAAAUCACGUAACAGUACUUCUUUAAACAAUACCAUAUCACCUGGUAUUUCACCAAGUUAUAUUUUAAAACCUUAUACUUCUCCAAAUAAUACUAUAGAUAUACCUGAAAAAAAUAUUCCAAUUAAAGGAAGUAAACAAUUGAAAAAUCAGGGAGGGGGAAAAUUGAAAAUAUAUUUAUAUCCAAAUGAACCAUUUAAUCCAAAGGAUGAGAACGAUGCAAUUGCUAUUUUAGUUGUUGGACAAACAGGAAGUGGUAAAACAACAUUAUUAAAUAGUUUUGUAAAUGCAUUAUAUGGAAUCAAGAUAACAGAUGAUUUUAGAUAUAUAAUUAUAAAUGAAGAUAAUUUAGAACAGAGUAAAGAUCAAUCUAAAAGUCAAACAAGUAAAGUUUCAAUUUAUAAUAUUAAAAGAACAAAAAGAACACCACCAAUAAAAAUAAUAGAUACACCUGGAUUUGGAGAUACAAGAGGAAUUGAACAUGAUAUGAAAAUAACUAAUGAAAUAAAAGAAACAUUUGAAACAAAAGUAUUAGAUUUAAAUGCUAUUUGUUUUGUUGCACAAUCAAGUAAUGCAAGAUUAACAGUAAAUCAAAAGUAUAUAUUUAAUAAUAUUAUUAAUUUAUUUGGGAAAGAUGUAAAAAAGAAUUUUAUUGCUAUGCUUACAUUUUGUGAUGGUAAAAAACCACAAGCCAUUAAUGCAUUACAAUCGCAAGAUUGUGUUUUCAGUUCAAUUAUUCCAGAAAUAGAUAAACCAUGGUAUUUAAAGUUUAAUAAUUCAGCCAUUUAUGAUGAUGAUAUUAAAGAUGGAUUUACACAAAUGUUUUGGGAAUUAGGAAUGAAAAGUUUUGAUGAAUUUAUUGAAAAAUUAAAAAAAUUACCAAGAAAAUCAUUAGAAACAUCCAGAGAAGUUUUAAAGAGAAGAGAACAAAUUAAGACCGAAAUUGAAGGGUUAAGAGAAUCAGUAAAUAUUGCUUUGUUAAAAAUGGAUCAAAUAAAAGAGGAGUAUGAAAAAAUUAGUUUUUAUCGUGAUAAGAUCAAUGAAAACAAAGACUAUAAAUUUACUGUAAAUGAAGUAGUACAAAAAACUGUUGACUUAGAAGGAGAAUAUGCAACUAAUUGUAAGAAAUGUAAUAAAACAUGUCAUUAUCCAUGUAGUGUUCCAUCUAUUGUUUCAUUCUUUACGAUGAAAUUUUGUCAUUGUAUUGAAGAUGGAUAUUGUAAUGUAUGUGGGUGUCAUCACUCAGAUCAUGCAAACUUCAAAUUUAGAUAUGAGUAUGUAACAGAAACAAAAGAACAAACAGCAAAAGAAGUAUUCGAAAGAUACAACCAAGGUAAAGAAGGUAUGGCUAAUGCGGAAGAUAUUUUAGAAACGUUACAAGAUGAAUAUAUUAAAAUCCAAUUUGAUUGUUAUGAUAAACAAGAAAGAAUUAAAGAGUGUGUUAAUAUAUUAUCAUCAAUUGCAUUAAAUAAUAAAGUUACUAGUUCUAAUGAAUAUUUAGACAUGUUAAUUAAAACUGAGGAAGAAGAAAAGAAAUAUGGAUAUCAAAAACGAAUAGCAGGAUAUAAAAAAUUAAAACAAACAAAUGAAAUGAUAGAAGAUAUUAUGGAAAAAUCACCUUCAAAACAGAGUAGGGAGGAGAUUAUGGCGGAACUUGAAAAAGGAAAGAAUGAAUUAAAACAAGGAGAAAAAUCAACAUUAGAUACAAUCUUACAACAAUUGAGAAAUAAACUUCCAUGGCAACAGUAA